GCGGUUUGUUCAGCUGUUUUCAUGCCAUAGUCGGUUAGAGUACAAAAUUGAAAUUCGCUUGAUAGCAUCGUAUAAAGUGACAGGAAUAAAAUAUUCAACAAACGUGUGACUUUCGGUGCGUAUAACAUAUAUUCGAUUUCAAAUGAAUGACACAAUGUCAUCGGUUGUGGUGUGGUGAUGAUGAUGGUGGUAUGAUGUGAAUCUCUGUGAAAAGUGAAUGACAAUCCCGCUGUUUGUAACCAAUUGUAACUCAUUAAACGAGGUUUCAGUAAUUGGAAAAUUCCAUAUUUUAUCAUCGCGCUGGUGUAAACCACCAAAAGUGAACUGACGAAACCUGUGCCGCAUUUUAUGUGUGGUGUAGAAAGUUAUGAGUAAAAUAUGAAAGCUCAACCUAAAUUGAAAUUGAAAGUGCAUACUUUUUGACAGUUGAUAACAUAUGUGCGGCACAAAUUAUCAUAAAAGAAGAUCAAUUGCUGUCAAAUAAAAACGUUAGAUAACAAAAGGGCGAAAAAAGCGUCGAAGAUAGAACGCCUCCACGAAACGUAAAAGUUGAAGAACCAUCGCAUAUGAGUAAAGACCACCCGUGAAAUUCAACUUAGUGUCAGUCAAGAAAUACGACAACAACAACAUAAAAUCAAACCUCAAAAAGAAACGGCGUGUGUGUGUAGCAACAAAAACUGUGGUGAAUCUUAUCCAUAUGACAUUCGUUGAUAUUGGAUAUUUUUAUGCUGAAGCAUAAUAAAUUUCGAAACUCAUUUAUUGUCGGUUGCAUUUUGGGCGGAUACACACACAUACACAUUCACAAAAAAGUGCUACAAAGUUGAAAACCCCAUACACAAACGCAACCUCACCUAACCAUCCGUCGUUCGGGCAAACAAUGAAAAUUGGAAAAAUCAACAGAGGCAAGCAUAUUCUAUCAAGAGAGUGAGAGAGAGAGAGAAAUAAAUAUAAAAUUCGGGAGCAAAAAUCAGAUUUAUGCACAUAGCCAACACACCGUUGAACAUUUGGUCAGUGUGUGACAGAAAAAAAAGUGGAGCAAAAAAAAGAUAAUAAAAAAAGGAAGAAUUUGCGAAUCGCAAUUUCAAACUGGAUUAUGUAAUAUUGUGUGUUGUGUGUGCACGGACAUUCCAAUUUUCGAAAGCCAUUUAAUUGUCGGAAAUGUGCUUUGGUUCGCAGUGAUAACUCUUCGCUCUGGCUGCUACUGCUGCUGCUUGCUGUGCAUAAAAAAAGAGAAAUAUCAGGAAAAGGAGUAUAUGGCGAAUCGCAUGAAAUCGAACUGAGUUGACCCAGUUGCAGCAGUUCAGGACGUCAAUCUUGUUAGCGUUCUCGGUUCGAGUGAAAGAAAUAGAAGAAAACUGGGUAUAAUUACCUCUACUAAAUGGAGUCGAGUUGCGAGCGUUGAGCAUCGAUUGAGAAUCAAAAGAGGAAUCGCACAAGUGCAUGCACCAAAUCCAUUGAAAUUCCUUGGAGAGAAAAAAAAACCUUUGGGAUAAAAUGAGCAUCGUUACGGAAAUACAACAACACAUAGACAGCGAUAAAAGUUAUUGACUGUAAAAGUGCAUGGAAGCAAAUGGCCAACAACAAGCAAUCGUCAAUGAUUUGCAAAUGCAAAAGCAAUGUUCAUAAAUGAAUGAACAGUAACGAGUGAGAGAACUCUGUGCAAUAUAGUUGCGAAUCACGGGAAAUAAAAGUGGAAAAAAGCCGAACAGCGAACAAGAAAAUAACAAUAAAAAAGUGGGGAAAAAGGAGCAUGCGAUAAGUGAACGUGGUCGUUUUUGUGUAUUUUUUGGCAAUUGAAAACCAUUCAACCAAAUUCAAUUUGUCCAUUUUUUCCCCUUUCAUUUCGGGUUUGUCUGUUUUGUUGCCAUUCGUUAAUACGAAAACGCCCCACAAAAAUUUAUGCUCGUCUUUGAUCGACUGAAAAACCAACAAACAGCAAACUAUAACCAGUUGACAUAGAGAUAGAAAGUGAGAGAAAAAUACUACACCAAAAAAUCGGCGAGCAAAAGAAAUCCGUUGAAUUGUUCGCUCGUUUUGCAGAGACCGGCAUUCGGGCGAAUGAAUAUGCGUCCAAUAGAAAAAUAUAUUAUGGCUGACGGCCAUACAUAAUUGCGAGAAAAAGUUAUGUGUUUGUUUGUUUUUUUCCUUCUCUCGUUUGUUAUUGUUGUGGCACAAUUUUUUUCUCUCUUGGUAACGUGAAAGUGCAUUAAAACAAUUGAAUGGACCAUUUGAUUUUUUUUUCGGACGAGUUGUUAAUUUGUUUUUGGCAGAACCCAUUCACAAAACUGAAUAUAUAGAGAAAGAUAGACGAGACUCGUUGCAGAAAAAAAACUUUUCGAGACUUUGCCAAAUGAUCAAAUGAUAACAUAAAUUGAAAAAGAGCAUCGACCAAAAACGAUAUCUGAAAAUAAUUUCCCGUCGAAGCAAAAAAAAACGGACACCAAGAGCAAAAAGCAGCAGCAAACAGUUCACGCAAAAUCGCACACCGAGUGACGUACGCUUGUUCGCGCAAAGUAAAUAAAUUACCAUUUCAAACGAAUAAUGUAAACGAAUUGAAAUGCUAUGGUCAUGACGCGUAACGGUCAGAAACCGCAAUAUGAAUUAUGGUGCCAACAAAAUGCCAGCAUUACCCGCAUUGUCACUAAAACGUUUUACGUAACCGCUGUGAUGGUGAGUCUGCUGCUGUUGCCACCGAUCGGUGUCAUCGCAAGCAGCAAUUUCAAUGGGAAUAAUGGCAGCAUAGCAACUAUUGAGAAUAGCACUAGUUUCACAAAUAAUAGUCACUAUAAUGGAACAAUAAAUGAAUUAGUCGUAUCGAAAACAAUGCAAAGCGAUGAUAAUGCGGAGCAUGUGGUGGAGCCGUCAUUGUCAUCGUUGUCGUUAAUACGAGAUAAUGGCAGUAGUAGCGUUGUGCCAUCGAUAGAUGAUGCAUUAAGCAGAGAGACGACAGUACUUGCACCAGCAAUGGAAACAAUAGCAGCAGCCGCUGCAUCGAGGACAUCGACAACAUCAUCAUCAUCGCUGUCGUCGUCGUCGCCGCCGCCAUUAUCCGAUGCGGAAACAAUUCACACUACAAUAGCACCAUUGACGGAUGGGGAAAUCACGAAUCGCAUGCAAACAUCUCAAUUUAUUGCAUCGAGCAAUGCCCAAAGGGACAGUCCAUCAACAUCGUCUACAUUGCCAAUUACAACUAAUAAACCACAUGCUUCAACAUUUUCCGAUUCGAUGUUGCGUCAGAAAGUGGCUGCUCAUACACGACAAUAUCAAUCAAAACAUCAUCACGAACAUCAUUAUUCUGGGCCGUUUUUCGAAGGCCCAUUAAAUACAUCAGCUGGUGCGCUCAAUGUUGGCGUGCAUUUGUACACGGAGGGCGUGUUCGAUUGUCGUGUCGGAAUGCUAAAAGAUAAAACGGUGAUUCAAAAAUACACCCGAAAAAAAGUAUGACGAAAAUUAUAGAGGGAAAAUAUGGAAAAAUAAACAAAAGAUGGAACGAAAUAGAUGGCAGCAGCCGAGUGAAACAGACA